AGCCAUUUCUCCAGCCCAGUUUUUGGUUUUUUGAGGAAGUGUAGAAGGAUCAUGUAUGGGCUGUCAGCAUGGUGGGUCUCCUGUCUGAGACCAGAAGCAAAUCUUUGCUCCCCACAUUGUUGUCCACACUGAGAAGCGUUGAGUAGGAGCACCACUGAAGAGAAUACUCUGUGCCCUGUGACACAGUGUGCCCAUGUGCAUGGCACACUUUGUUUCCAGUACAUUCAUGACCAGCCAUAUGAAUAGAAACACCUCAAAGAUGGAAUUAUUAUGAAAAAGUAAAGGAAUCUGCAUCUGGGGCACCAGUGAGCAUUUGGGGCAAUUUUAUUAACCUGAAAUGUCGGGAUGAUGAAGCAGCCAGGAUAGUUAUGUUUGGCCAUGGAUGAUAAGCAGGAAGCUUGUCCCAAAGGGGACAGUGAUUUUAGUUCAGACAAAGUAAGUUUCAAAAUAGAGAAGGAAGAUGACCAAAUCCCUACUCAUGAUUUGGAAAGAGUGGACUUUAAGAGUGAGCCGGAGGACAUGAGACAGACAGACAGUGGUGAUGAGCAGGCAGAAAUCAGGGUGGCAAGCUGUCCCUGUCAGGCCCCUGGGAAAUACCUACCUGCUGAGAGUGAGGAUGACUAUGGAUCGCUUUUCUCCCAGUAUAGCAGCACACUGUACAACGUAGCCAUGGAAGCUGUGACUCAGAGCCUUCUUUCCAGCCGACAUAUAAGCUCCAGGAAGAAAUCUCCUGCUUGGAAGCAUUUCUUCAUCUCGCCCCGAGACAGCACUAAAGCAAUAUGCACAUACUGCAUGAAGGAGUUCAGUAGGGGCAAAAAUGAAAAAGACUUAAGUACAAGCUGCCUCAUGAGACACGUGAGGCGGGCCCAUCCCACCAAGCUCAUUCAAGAAGAUGGAAGUAUGUCAGCAGGGUCUUCCUUUCCUGCCCCCUCGCUCCUGCUUCCACCACAGCCUGCAGAUGUAGGGGACCUCAGUACUGCACUCUCACCCAUCAGACUUGUACAGAAAAUGGCUCCUAAGAUCCCAUCCCCUGACCGGAUAAUGGAAGAGUCUAUGGUCUCUUCUGAAGAGGUGUCCUCAGACGUGUCUGUCAGCGAGAAGUAUAGCAGAGAAGAGGCCCUGGUGAGCUUGUCCCCCCACCUUUCCAUGAUCCAUUAUGAUGACACUGCAGAGAGUAUGACAGAGAGAAACCUUCCCCUUCCCAAGAGCACAUCUGGGUCAAGGAGGAGGUCAGCUGUCUGGAAGCACUUCUAUCUGUCACCACUUGACAGCUCCAAAGCUGUCUGUGUGCACUGCAUGAACGAGUUCAGCAGAGGGAAGAAUGGGAAGGACCUGGGCACAAGCUGCCUCAUCAGACACAUGUGGAGAGCGCACCGCUCCAUUGUGCUCCAGGAGAACGGAGGCAGCAUGGGUAUCCCACCUUUGUAUCCCACACCCCCAACUCUGCUGCCUGCCCUGCUGCCCCCAGAGGGGGAUCCGAAUUCUGUAUCCUCAUCUCCAGGGAAGCCAGCCAAAGAGUUUCCUUCUGCUUCCUCAUCCCCAGACAGGCAGGGCAGUGACAUACCGUCACAUUCAAAUCCUGGAGACAUCAUGUCCCAGGAAAAUAUGUCCAUGUUGUCAUCUUCCGAUGAUCCAGGUGAGGCCUCUGUGGUAUCCUCUCCAGAGAAGCAGUUGGGAAACAUGGCAAGUCCAAGGUUUGAAUCAGGCACUGUUUUCCAGCAGAACAAAAAGGUCAUGAAAAGACUGAAGUCAGAAGUCUGGCACCACUUUUCUCUGGCCCCCAUGGACAGUCUGAAGGCAGUGUGUCGGUACUGUAACUGUGUCAUCAGUCGGGGGAAGAAGGGAGAUGUGGGUACCAGCUGUUUGAUGCGGCAUCUGUACAGACGCCACCCUGAGGUUGUUGGGAGCCAGAAGGGCUUUCUUGGUACAAGUUUGGCAAAUUCUCCAUAUGCCACUUUGGCUUCUGCAGAAAGUUCCUCCAAAUUAACUGACUUGCCAGCAGUAGUCAGAAAAAAACAUCAAGGCAUGUUCCCUGCAAACAGCAAGAAGACCUCAAAGCUGUGGAACCACUUUUCUAUCUGUUCUGCAGACUCCACUAAGGUAGUGUGUUUGCACUGCGGCCGGACCAUCAGCCGCGGCAAGAAACCCACCAAUCUGGGCACCAGCUGCCUCCUGAGACAUCUACAGCGGUUCCAUGGCCACGUGCUCAAGACUGACGUCUCAGAGGCCACAGUGCCAUGCUCUCCGGGCAUCCGUGGGCCACCAAGCAUGGAGACGUUGGGAGCUUCCUCUUUCUGUGACACCACGGAAAAGUUCUAUGACUCUCACCCCGUUGCCAAAAAAAUCACAAGUCUCAUAGCUGAAAUGAUUGCACUUGACCUUCAGCCAUACUCUUUUGUAGACAAUGUUGGCUUUAACAGGCUGCUUGAAUACUUGAAACCUCAGUACUCUUUACCCUCCCCUUCCUACUUCUCUAGGACAGCUAUACCAGGUAUGUAUGACAAUGUGAAACAAAUAAUUAUGUCACAUCUGAAGGAAGCUGAGAGUGGUGUGGUCCAUUUCACCUCUGGAAUAUGGAUGAGUAGCCAGACCCGUGAGUACCUAACCCUCACAGCUCACUGGGUCACCUUUGCAUCCUCUGUCCGACCACAUUGUGAGGACCACCAUUGUUCAGCACUUUUAGACGUAUCACAGAUUGACUGUGACUAUAGCGGCAACAGCAUUCAGAAGCAGCUGGAGUGCUGGUGGGAAGCCUGGGUGACCUCCAUUGGCCUUCAGGUCGGCAUCACAGUCACUGACAACCCAAGCAUAGGUGAGACACUGAGUGAGGGGGAACGCUCAAGUGUGCAGUGCUUCAGCCACACGGUGGACCUGAUCGUGAGCGAGGCCCUCAAGAGCCAGAGGAUGGUGCAGAACUUACUGAGCAUUGCUCGGAAGCUGUGUGAGCGGGUCCAUCGAUCACCCAGAGCCAGAGAGAAGCUUGCUGAGCUGCAGAAGGAGUAUGAGCUGCCACAGCACCAGCUGAUCCAGGACGUGCCGUCCAAGUGGAGCACAUCAUUCCACAUGCUUGAACGGCUCAUCGAGCAAAAGAGGGCAGUUAAUGAGGUGUCCAUUGAGUGUAACUUCAGAGAACUGAUCAGUUGUGACCAGUGGGAGGUCAUGCAGUCUGUAUGUCAUGUGCUGAGACCCUUUGACGCUGCAAGUCGGGAGAUGAGCGCCCACAUGUCCACUCUGAGCCAGGUUAUUCCCAUGAUCCACAUUCUCAGCAGGAAAGUCGAGAUGCUCUUUGGAGAGACAAUGGGCAUUGACACCAUGCUGAAGUCACUGAAGGAAGCCAUGGCGAGCCGCCUGUCCGCCACCCUCCAUGACCCCAGGUACAUCUUUGCCACACUGCUGGACCCUCGCUACAAAGCCUCCCUGUUCACAGAGGAGGAGAUGGAGCAGUACAGGCAAGAUUUAAUCAGGGAGCUAGAAAUACUGAAUUCUACCUCAGAGGACAUGGCCACCUCCAAUGGCUGUGACUCAGGGUCCCCAUCGAAAGACUCUAGUGUGGAGGAGAGCCUGUGGUCACUUGUGGCACCAAUGAAGAGAAGAAGUCAGAGAGAGAAGCUGCCUGAAGACAUGGUGCUCGCGUAUCUGGAGGAAGAGGUGCUGGAGCACAGCUGUGACCCGCUUACCUACUGGAACCUGAAGCGGUCCUCCUGGCCGGGGCUUUCUACCUUGGCAGUCAGGUUUUUGGGCUGCCCCCCAAGUACAGUCCCCUCAGAAAAGCUCUUCAGUACACCCACAGAAGCUGGCAGCUUCCAGCCCAGGCUCACCACGGAGCAUUUUGAAAAGCUGAUUUUCUUGAAAGUUAAUCUUCCCUUGAUAUACUUUCAGUACUAGCACACGACAGGCCACAAGUGCUGACUGUUGUGCCAGGGCUGACUUGCCUGGCAGGGCCAUGGAGGACACCAGAUCAGGCAUCUGGGCCCACUUGCCAGCUCUCAUAUAUGCCCACAUGUGCCUUACUCCUUCUGGCCAGGUAUCGUGGCGUGUUUUAGAAGUCCACUAGAAACAGCCUGUCUUGUCAGUUAUGAAAUAGGGUGAUCAGGUUUAAUUCCUAACUGUAAAGGUUUUUAAAAGUUAGGGGUAUAAUUUGUUUUCCUAGAAUGGAGAGAAGAUGUAAACAAUUUUAUGUGUAGCUUUUUUAUUCAGUUGUGUAAAAGCCACAAAUCAGGUGCUGUAUUUUAAUUAAAUGUUGCUUUAAUUGCAACAAAAUGGCUUUUGUGACUGUCAGAUGAAACCUGUAAAUAGGAAGUAAAGGUUAAGCCAUCCUGACUGAGCAGUUUUUAACUGCAGACUUUAAAGUAUGUUGAGAGACUGUUCUGAAAGCUGAUUACUAAUGGCAGAAACCAGUCAUUUGAGAGCAGAACUGAACAUAAACAUAUCACGGAGUGUCAGUGGUUAAUUGGUCACAAGAACUUUCUCAUUCCAGGUGAUUGCAUUCAGGUUUUAGACUGUCAGUUAACUCAGAGAUAUCCCAUUUAUCAUGUGCUCCUUGAAAUUGGAUCCAAGUUAUAAAUCCAUACUUAUGUUAGUCAUUGCAUAAUACAACACGUUUACAGCAGAUGGCCUGUGGAUCAAAUCUCCAUGCCUCUGAUUUAGCGUCUUUGCGCUAUGAAGCUAUCUCUUAAGAUAUGUGCACUGACCCCCAAUUUGAUAAGACCAAGAUUCUUUGAGGAAAUAGCUUGUGUUAUUGCAGCCAUGAGAAAAGCCUUAGGCGUUUAGAUGUUUUUCUAUGACAGGGAAGAUUCAGCCAUCACUGGGGUACUAUAGAAUCCCAAAGACAUCAGAAUGAAAUAACAGUUGUCAGAUUCCUUUCACAAUAUGCCUCCAAAGUUUUUGUUUUAACAUCUAAGAAAAGGUCUUCAUUUUCUCCUUUCAAAUCAAUUUAAACAUUCUGAGUGAGACAACUCACUUAUUUGCAUAUGGACUUUUAGAAAAGCUGUCCUUUUGUUGAGAUACUGUAUCUAGACUUAAUCUAGUCUAAAUUUGAGUGGACUAUAGUGUAUUUAUAAAUGGUGAACUUGGAUUCUGAAAUUAAACUUUAUUUGCAGUUUUCUA